AUGCCGCAUCCCGCGGCGCCCCUCGGGGCCGCCCUGCUGCUCGUCCUGCUGGCGGCGGACUCCUCGCAGAGUGAGUACCGCGGGGGGGGUUCGUGCCUCCCGCACACGCCGCCGAGCAUCCCCCGCCGCCCUGCGUGUGUGCGGGUGCGGGCUGCGCUGCCGGGCGCGGUGGGCUGCGGGGGAUGCGCGGCUGCGGUGAGGGCGGCGGCGGGGUCAGGGGAUGCGGCGAGGGGCCGCGCUGAGGCCGCGGCCACCCACGGGCGGCGCCCCGAGCAGGGGGAAUGCUCGGUGCCCCCGGAGGGGCGGUCUGCCGUGCUGCUGCGCGCCCCGGAAGCCGCCCAGUUCCUGCGGCAGAGGCAGCGGCGAGCGUACCAGAUCUUCGAGGAGACCAAGCAAGGACACCUGGAGAGGGAGUGCGUGGAGGAGCACUGCAGCAAGGAGGAGGCCCGGGAGGUGUUUGAGAAUGACCCAGAGACGGAAUAUUUUUACCCGAAAUACUUGGCUUGUAUUCAGAAAUAUGGGUCGCCGUAUAAGAGAAAUCCAGAUUUCCUUACAUGUGUUCAUAAUUUGCCAAACCAGUGUUCUCCCAAUCCUUGCCACAAAGAAGGGACCGUCAAAUGCGAGGAUCUCAAGGGGGACUUUUAUUGUGAAUGCAAACGUGGCUGGCAGGGAAAGAAAUGUGAAAAAGAUAUCGAUGAAUGCAGAACGCAGAACGGCGGCUGUAACCAGCUCUGCUUCAACAAGCUAGGCAGCUACCGGUGCUCAUGCUACAGUGGUUAUGCUCUUAAAGAUAGCAAAAUAUGUGAAGACAUAGAUGAAUGCACAGCAUCAGCAGACAUCUGUGGAGAAGCUCACUGUAAAAAUUUAGUAAGCUCAUAUGAAUGUCUUUGUGAUGCAGGCUACAAGUACGACGACGUGAGAAAAACUUGUCAGGAUAUAGAUGAAUGCAAAGAACAGCUCUGUGAACAGACCUGUGUCAAUUCACCAGGGAGUUACACCUGUCAUUGUGAUGGCAGAGGGGGAGUGAAGCUUUCCCAGGACAUGAAUACAUGUGAGAACAUCAUACCAUGUGUGCCUUUUGCUGUUGGAAGGAGUAUUAAAUCCUUGCACCUGGGGAGGAUGUUCAGCGGCACUCCUGUUAUCAGGCUGCGCUUCAAAAGGAAACAACUGACAAGACUUGUGGCUGAGUUCGACUUUAGAACCUUUGAUCCUGAAGGUAUCCUUUUCUUUGCUGGAGGCCAUCAAGACAGCACAUGGAUAGUGUUGGCUUUGCGCAAAGGACGGCUGGAGCUGCAGCUGAAGUACAGCGGGGUGGGCCGCGUCACCAGCACCGGGCCGCUCAUCAACCACGGCAUGUGGCAAACGAUCUCUGUUGAGGAACUUGAAAGAAAUUUGAUUAUAAAGGUCAACAGGGAUGCAGUUAUGAAAAUAGCUGUCUCAGGAAACCUGUUUACACUACACAAGGGAGUGUACCAGCUGAAUUUGACAGUAGGAGGCAUUCCUUUCAAAACAAAGGACCUUAUUCUACCAAUAAACCCUCGGCUGGAUGGUUGCAUGCGGGCAUGGAACUGGCUGAAUGGGGAGGACACCUCCAUCCAAGAGACCAUAAAGAUGAAUGAAAAGAUGCAGUGCUUUGCUGUAGCAGGACGAGGCUCUUUCUAUCCUGGCCGAGGUUUUGCUGUGUUUAAUCUUACUUACAUGCAACCUUCUUCUGGAAAUGAAACCAAGACAAAUUGGGAAAUUGAAGUAAAUGCUGUAAUUCAGCCAGCAACAGAUACUGGUGUGCUGUUUGCCCUAGUUACAGAAGAAGCAUCUGUCCCUUUAUCACUAUCUCUGAUUGACUAUCACUCCACAAAGAAACUGAAGCAACAGUUUGUCAUCGUGGCCUUGGAGAACACAGUUGUGUCCAGACUGGCAAUAAAUCUCUGUGAUAAAAAGGAACACUCUGUAGAUGUCCUCCUCAAGAAAGAUCACUUAUCCCUGAGGGUGGAUGGGCUAGCAGGAGAGAGUGAACUAAGCAUCUCUGAAUUGGAGGACAGUCUGUCCAUCCUGGAGAGCUCUUUGCAGUCAACAAAGACAUACGUGGGAGGAUUGCCAGACGUUCCUGUCACCUCCACUCCGGUCACCGCCUCCUACCACGGCUGCAUGACCCUCAAGCUGAACAACACCACACUGGACUUGGAUGAGGCUCUCUACAAGCACAGUGACAUCACCUCACACUCCUGUCCUCCAGUCCAGGAGGGUCUGAUGGUGUCCCUUCCUUUCAAAGGAAACUGUCAAGCAUUUCAGGAAAUUUCUAGAGCUUCAUUGCUGUCUAGACUGUAAGAUCUAUGGAGCAAGUAGCAC